AUCCAAAAAACACACACUUGUCAAAUAUUCGUAUCUAAUUUCACUCAGAGCUCCUCCACUAUAGGUAUAGGGUGAACCACAACACAAUUCCACUAUUUCUCCUGCAAAAUCUGAAAAUUGAAAAAGACUAGCACAAACAACCAACAACUACUACUGCUACUAUUAAUUCAAUAGUCUCACUAGUUUCAGCAAAAUGAAGACUUUUUUUUUGAAGGGAUGAAGAAUUAUUUUGAUUAGUACAAUAUAUGAGGAUUUUGCACAACACCCUUUUGAUUUAUAAUGGCUGAAGAAAUGUGCUUCUUUACCAAGGAUGCUAUCAUCAUAAAACCUUCCAAGAAAUCUCCAGCAUUGUUAAUGAUGAUAGUCGUAGUGUUUGCAAUGGUGUGUGGUGUUUAUAUCUGUUCAACCUGUAUCAAACAAACUAACAAUGAGAUAACAAGAAAACUCUUGAAUAUUGAAGUUGUAGAAAGGACUUGUCAUGAAUAUGAUACCGACCGAUCCCAAAUUCCGUACUUGCAUUAUCCUAAACCGAAAACCUUUGGCAGGGCCGAAUGUGCUUGUAAUCCUGUACGGUUGUUUGCCAUUCUGUCAACGCAGAGGUCUGGGAGUGGAUGGUUUGAGACACUAUUAAAUAGUCAUAUUAAUAUAAGUUCCAAUGGUGAAAUUUUCUCUGUCAAAGAGCGGAGAGAAAAUGCUUCCUCAAUCCUGAGGACAUUGGACAUGGUUUACAAUUUGGAUUUGUUCACCAGCGCUUCCAAGAAUCACUGUUCAGCUGCUGUUGGCUUCAAGUGGAUGCUUAAUCAGGGGCUGAUACAGCAUCAUAAGGAAAUCGUUGAGUACUUCAACAACAAAGGCGUUUCCGUGAUAUUUCUUUUUAGAAGGAAUCUGCUGCGACGUAUGGUUUCAGUGCUCGCAAAUUCCCAUGAUCGUUACGCUAGACUCUUGAAUGGAACACACAAAUCUCAUGUGCACUCACCUGAGGAGGCGUCUGCUCUUGCCAAGUAUAAGCCCGAAAUCAAUACAACAUUAUUAAUCACAGAUUUGAAGAGAAUGGAGGUGGCGGCCAAGGAGGCAUUGGAGUACUUCAACAGCACUCGAAACAUGUUUUUGUAUUAUGAAGAUCUUAUCAGAAACCACACUAUACUCCGAGACGUUCUAGAGUUUUUAAGAUUGCCAGAAACGAAUUUAACUAGCCGCCAAGUUAAGAUACAUAGUGGACCACUGAGGGAGCAUAUCAAGAACUGGGAUGACGUGAACAAGACAUUAAGAGGAACAGCUUAUGAGAGUUUCCUCCGAUCUGACUGUUAACUUUUUCGUCUUCAUUUAUUGAUGGAGGAUGAGUUGUAGAUGUAAAGAGAAAUCCAGUUUAGCUCC